AUGAAACAUUCUCUUUUUUUCCGUAUUCAAUCUACGGUAGAAGCUCAUGAAUCAUAUUUUGUCCAGAAAAGAAAUGGUGCUGCAGUGCUCGGUUUAUCUUUCCUUCAGAAGAUGACUACAGCACUUAGAAUGCUCGCUUAUGGAGUAGCAACUGAUUUUAUGGAUGAAUACUUGAGGAUUGGAGAAAGUACCGUAAUGAAAAGUCUAUAUUAUUUUGCCAAAGCGGUGGUUGAAAUUUAUUCCGAUCAGUAUUUGAGGUCAUCAAACAACAAUGACAUUGCUAGACUACUAACAGUGGGCAAAAGUCAUGGCUUUCCUAGAAUGUUGGGAAGCAUUGAUUGUAUGCACUGGACAUGGAAGAAUUGCCCGACUGUAUGGAAAGAAAGGUCUGCUGUAUUUACUGAGCUUGCUCAAGGGCGUGCUCCUCCAGUCAAUUACACCAUCAACGGUAAUGAGUAUACAAUGGGAUAUUAUCUUGCUGCUGAUAUAUAUCCACCAUGGCCAACAUUUGUGAAAACAAUUCCAUGUCUACAAGAAAACAAGAAAAAACAUUUUGCUAUGGCCCAAAAAGCGUAUAGGUAG